AUGGCUGUCUUUCAGGACAACGACAUGGCGGAGUCCCAGGGUCGGCCUGCCCCAGCCUACACUGAGACGCCGGUAGACACAACUUUUGAACAAUUGGACCUCAAUAAUGCCGAAUAUGAGAAGGUUCCCCUGAGAAUGGGAGAAGAUAUUCCUCCAGACGACGAGGCAAGUUCCUGUGACGGUGAAAACCUGCAGGUUCAAGCCAUCCCUCCUCGGCCACUACCACCUUGGAUAAAAUACCCCAAGGCCUUCUUAUUGGCCCUCGUUCCCAGUUUUCUUCACCCUUCAGAUCCCAAUAAACCCCCCAAGCCACUUCACCCAACGUCAUGGCUCGAUGGCCUUCGAGGCGUAGCGGCGUUUCUCGUGGUCUGCCAUCAUUGGUCACUCCUCACUUUCACAAACCGGAUCCACGCGGGAUACGGGGCUGAUGCUCAACCCCUCUUCAUCCAGCUCCCUAUUAUCCGUCUGGUCGUGUCCGGAUUUUGGGCCGUCUGCGUCUUUUUUGUAAUUUCCGGCUUCGCUUUGAGUUAUAAGCCCUUGAAGCUUCUCAAACAGAAACGGGUGGUAGAUUUCGCCAUUGCCGCUGCCUCGUCCGCCUUCCGCCGGUACAUCCGAAUCUUCGGCCCCCCCAUGGUCACAACGUUCAUAAUCGCUCUCAUGACUUACUGUGGAUGGUUCGAGAAGCAGUCUCAGCCGCUUUUUGUUGGUUUCCCGAGAUUGAGGCCACCCGUGGGCCAAACUCUUUCUGAUCAGCUGUGGCACUGGUUCUUGACUACCCUUGCGUUUGCGGAUCCGUUGUCUCGGGAUAUCCACAGAGGAAACACCUACCCCUAUGAUGCCGUUCUCUGGACCAUACCUAUCGAGUUCGAUAGCUCUCUCGUCGUCUUCCUGGCUCAUGUCGCAUUUUCCAGGCUACGACCCUGCAUCAGGCUCUUCUUCGACGCCUUUGCAUGCGCAUAUACACUCUACUUUGCCCGCUGGGAAUUCUUCCUCUUCCUCUCCGGCAUGUUCUGCGCAGACAUCCACUUCUACUUCCAAUCCGAAGUAGAAGAACUGCAAGAUGCCGAGGGUAACUGGGACACCCUUCCUCUUUGGUCCAAGCCGUGGCGCCGCGACAGCUUUGCUCGGAUCCAAACUCGGAUCCAGUCAGUCUUCUCAUCCUCACCAGCCUUCAGCAUCUUCAAGAAGGCCCUCACAAUCUUCUCCUUUUUCGUCGCCCUUUGGCUUCUCUCAUAUCCUCAUUUGACCCAGGAUGCGGCUAUCACGCCGGGAUUUAGCUUCCUACAUUCCAUCACGCCGCCGCAACAUACCGAUGGAAGCGCUCUCUGGAUUCCAGUCGGUGCUGUUCUACUGGUUUUCACGGUAGACCGAGCACCGCUCUUGCAGCGGCUCUUCACGAACCGUUUCGCGCAGUAUCUCGGACGUAUUUCAUAUGCACUUUAUUUGGUUCAUAAUUCUUUGCUUUGGGUUUACGGGUGGCAUCUUGUGUGGUUCUUUACGACCCUAACGGGCAUCAUGACGGAUGGGCAGUAUGGCUUCGGCAUUUUCCUGGCGACGUCCUUAUUCUUCCCGGGUGUCAUUCUCGUGGCCGAUUUCGCCCAGAGAUAUCUUGAUGCCAAGAUCGUGGCCUUUGCCGCUUGGUUCGAGAGGAAGUUGAUUGCGAAGACGAAGUAA